AGUGCUGAGCAAUCAUCUGAAGUUUCCCGCGAGUAUUUCAUCGGAAAAGAUGGCUCUACAACCAAAACAAGAGCUGCAACUAGAUGGCAUACAAGAACAGGGAUUUCUUUCAUUUCACAGAUCUUUACCAGAGAAAUCAAGUACAACCCUUAGAGUUUUCGACAGAAAUGACUACUACACAGUCCAUGGGAUGGAUGCAGUGUUUGUUGCCAAGGAUGUUUACAAAACGACUGGUGUUAUCAAAAUGCUUGGAGCAGGUGAGAAGAAGCUUGAAUCCGUGGUCCUAAGUAAGAUGAAUUUUGAGUCCUUGGUGCGUGAUUUGUUACUAGUCCGACAGUAUCGUGUGGAGGUAUACAGGAACAAGGGUGGCUCCAAAAACAAUGACUGGUCACUUGCAUUCAAGGCCUCUCCUGGUAACCUGACACAGUUUGAGGAGAUCCUGUUUGGAAGCACAGACAUGUCUACAUCUGCGGGAGUAAUAGCUGUAAAGAUUGGCACUGAUACAGGCCAGCGGCUAGUAGGGGUUGGAUAUGCUGAUGCUACCCUUAGGAAGUUCAUGGUCAGCGAGUUUGUGGACAAUGAUCAAUUCUCUAACCUAGAGGCAUUAAUAGUCCAAUUGGGACCAAAGGAAUGUCUUAUCAUGUCUGGGGAGAUUGGUGCUGAUGCAGGCAAACUGAAGCAAGUGCUGGAUCGAAGUGGUUUAUUGGUGACCGAGCGCAAAAAAUCUGACUUUUCCUCAAAAGAUGUUACACAAGAUCUGAACAGGCUAUUGAAAUUUAAAAAAGGAGAACAAGGAAAUAGUGCUACUUUGCCUGAGACAGAAAAGGCACAGGCAAUGACGUCCCUCUCCGCUCUGAUUAAGUAUUUGGAGUUAUUGUCAGAUGAAGAAAACUUCGCUCAGUUUAGCAUGUCCCUGUUCGAUUUAAGUCAGUACAUGAAGCUGGAUGCUGCAGCUGUGAGAGCCCUGAAUCUACUCCCCAGCACAGUGGAAGGUGGAAACAAAAACCAAAGUAUUCUUGGAUUACUGAACAAGUGUAAAACAGCUCAAGGCCAAAGGUUGCUCUCGCAGUGGGUCAAACAACCCCUUGUGGACCUCAAUAAAAUUGAGGAGAGACUGAAUGUGGUGCAAGUGUUUGUGGAGGACUCAGAACUGAGACAAACAUUACAGGAUGAACAGCUAAGAAAAAUUCCAGAUUUCCAGCGAUUAGCCAAAAAGUUUCAGAGAAAGAGAGCGACGUUGCAGGAUUGCUAUAGAGUGUACCAGGCCUUAGACAAGAUGCCUUACCUGCUGGAAGUAUUGGAGAAACAUGAAGGAGAACACCAGACACUGCUCAUGGAGCUGUUUACUAACCCAGCCAAGGAAUUAUUGAUGGACUUUGCCAAGUUCCAGGAGAUGAUUGAGACAACAAUGGACCUUGCCCAGAUAGAAAACCAUGAUUUCGUGAUUAAAGCUGAUUUUGAUGAAGGCCUUGCAGCGCUGCGAGAAAAAAUUGAUGAGCUUGAAGACAGUAUCAAAGGUCAGAUGAACAAGGUGGCAAGAGAUUUGGGAUUAGAACCUAACAAAGUCCUCAAGCUUGAGAGUAACAGCCAGCUGGGAUAUUUUUUCAGGGUCACACGCAAGGAAGAAAAAGCACUGAGAAACAACAAAAACUACAUGACCAUUGACACAAAAAAGGAUGGUGUUAGGUUCCACAAUAAUGCUGUGCGCCGUAUGAAUGAAGAAUACCUGAAGGCAAAGGAAGACUAUAACGAACAACAAAAGAGUGUGGUGUUGGAGAUUAUUACCAUAGCAGCUGGAUAUGUAGAACCUAUGUUACUGCUGAAUGACAUAAUUGCUCAGUUAGAUGUGCUUCUGAGUUUCGCCCAUGUUGCUGUAUCCGCACCUGUUGCUUAUGUACGACCAAAAUUGUUAGCCAAAGGUAGUGGUAUCAUCCAACUGACAGAGGCCAGGCAUCCUUGCCUUGAGAUGCAGGAUGAUGUUGCAUUUAUACCCAAUGAUGCUAAUUUCACAAAAGACAAACAGAUGUUCCAUAUCAUAACUGGCCCAAAUAUGGGAGGAAAAUCAACGUACAUCCGCUCUGUAGGAGUGGUAGUGCUGAUGGCACAGAUAGGGUGCUACAUUCCUUGUGCUGAAGGGGAGAUCACCAUUGUAGACAGUAUACUUGCUCGCGUUGGCGCCGGAGAUAGUCAGCUCAAAGGAGUGUCUACUUUUAUGGCAGAGAUGUUGGAGACCGCCUCAAUCCUCAGGUCAGCAACAGAAGAUUCCUUAAUUAUCAUAGAUGAAUUAGGAAGAGGAACAUCAACUUAUGAUGGGUUUGGUCUCGCCUGGGCAAUAUCUGAAUACAUUGCAACCAAAAUUAAGGCAUUUUGUCUCUUUGCUACCCAUUUUCAUGAGCUGACAGCACUGUCAGAUGUUGUGCCCACCGUCAAUAACCUGCACGUCACUGCACUCACAACCAAUGACACUCUCACCCUGCUGUACAGAGUCAAACCAGGUGUGUGUGAUCAGAGCUUUGGUAUACAUGUGGCAGAGCUGGCUCACUUCCCUAAGAAUGUUAUAGAGUUUGCCAAGAACAAAGCUAGCGAACUGGAGGAUUUUCAGAAUGUUUGUCUGUCUGGUACAGGCUUGGAAGGUGAUUCUGAGCCAGCUGUCAAGAAACGAAAGGUUGUGAAAGAGGAAGGUGAGGACAUCAUCAAAGACUUCCUAUCAAAAGUGAAAAAAUUGCCGUUGUCCAGCUUAUCCCCAGACGAAGCCAUCACAGAAUUAAACAAACUCAAGGCCUGUGUGAAAGAGAAGAAUAAUCCAUAUGUUGAAGAUGUGAUUUCCAGGGGCAAAUGAAACAGUUACAUAAUUAAGUGUUUAGGAGAAAGUACUUUCUGAAUGCAAAUGAGGUGACAUUUCUUCACUAUGGAAGCUGUAGAGGGGGGUAUCUACAGAAUAAAGUGCGGUCCCGUCUUGACCGUGUUGAGUAGACUAAGAGGAGAGUGUUGUUGGUAGGCAAAUAAGGUAACUUUCGUGCAUUGUUGAAGGUGUAGAGCACCUUAACCUUUGUAGUGAAAAGUGAUGUCCAGGCCUAACACAAUGGUAUAAAGGAGAAAGUGAUGUCCAGGCCUAACACAAUGGUAUAAAGGCGGCAGUGAUGUCCAGGCCUAACACAAUGGUAUAAAGGAGAAAGUGAUGUCCAGGCCUAACACAAUGGUAUAAAGGAGAAAGUGAUGUCCAGGCCUAACACAAUGGUAUAGAGGAGAAAGUGAUGUCCAGGCCUAACACAAUGGUAUAAGGAGAAAGUGAUGUCUUGACAGUAACUACUCAUUUAGGUAGAGAGUUAACUCACUAGAAACCAGUUUGACAGAUAGGCCAGUGUUUUAUAAUAUGCACAUUCCUAGAAAUUGGUUAGACAUUGACCAUCUACCAUAUGAAAAUAGUGAACAAAUAAAUUCAAUGUGUUGGAAAUAUUUUUAAAUUAGUACAUUUCAAAAACUGUUUUAUCCAUAAUCAUUGAAGAACAGCAUAAAUCAACAUUCUGAGUAAGCCAUGCAUAAGUAAAUUGUCUUGGUAAAGAGUGAUAUAAUCCUGGACCUUGAGAUAUGCCUUCUGUAACUAAUUAAGCCAUAUAUAUCUAUAGCAUUCACAUGGUGAUGAUGGAUUAAGUACACCCAAUAUAUAAUCUCUUUGGUGUAUUGACAGACCAGGUUAGUAACUGUGGUUUAAGGAAUGACUCGACGUAUUUCAAAAAUUGUCUUCGUAAAUUAAUGCGUAGAUUUAAUUCCAGUUACCUAUUAAUGAUCAUGAAGUAAUCAAUGAAAAAGCAAUAAAACAUACAAGUUUAUGGGAGGAAAGGAAUGAAAAUGAUGAGACGUUUAUAAAAAUGUAGUUUUGUGACCUUCCUAAAUGGGCAGAGCAAGACCUGAACCAUAAGAUUAAAGGCACAGAACAUUAAAGUAGUUUUUAAGACCCAGAGGUAUAUGGGAGUUUGUGUGUUGUAUGUGUUAUCUGAUAACUUAUAAUCAAAUUACUCCAGUAUUAAAGAAUACAGUUUAUUUGUAAUUCCUCCAUAAACUUUUUAAAUCCUGUGUAUGUCUUUUUCAUUAAAGAUAUUGUUGGUUAUCAAUGAAUUCUGGAAAUUUUGAUACCAGUUUCUAUUGACAAAAUAUGAACUAUAUAUGAAAUAACUGAAUGGACAGAUCAAUGAAGUUGCACUGAAUUUCAAACACUGUGAUUAUAUGGCAAUAAUGGGAAUCGGAUGUAUCUAACUGAUUAUGGAUUUAGAGAAAAUUGUUGAACAGUUGAGUACAUACACUGCAUGUAAAUAUGAUUUUAUAUAAUAGGAAUAAUUCUACAUAUUCUUUAAUACCAUAAUUUGCAAUGUAUAAAAUCAUCGAGUGUGAGUAGUAUUUGUGAAAUAUUUCCCACUGCUGCUGUUAAUGUUUUGUUGAAGAAUUUUGGAAGAUUAUCACGAUUGAAUGGACUGUUAUUGUUUUUAUGAUAAUAAACACAACUAGAGUUAUAGCUGAUGUCUGGUUUAAGUAGCUACAUAGGGACCCACUACAUUGUAUUACAGUCGCUAUUGACCAGACAGUGUUCAUAAUUACCAUUCAUUGUGAUUCUGUAUUGUUAUCUAAAUCGUGAUUCUGUUUGGUUAUCUAGUUAAUCAUAUAAAUAAAUAAAACCUUCACCAAUUUAA